UGAUCGUGUUUAAUAGAGACUUCCUUUUCCUUUGACUUCUUUGUAGUGUAGUGGACGUGAUUCGGUCUUCUUACAUUUUGAAGUUUUAAAAUGGGUCGACGUCCAGCGAGAUGCUAUCGCUAUUGUAAGAAUAAACCUUACCCAAAGUCGAGAUUUUGUCGUGGUGUUCCAGAUCCUAAAAUUCGUAUUUUUGAUUUGGGAAGAAAGAAGGCAUCAGUUGAAGAUUUUCCUUUGUGCGUGCAUUUAGUUUCUGAUGAAUAUGAACAACUUAGUAGUGAGGCUUUGGAAGCUGGAAGAAUUUGCUGCAACAAGUAUUUGGUAAAGUAUUGUGGUAAAGACCAGUUCCACAUACGUAUGCGCCUUCACCCAUUCCAUGUGAUCCGAAUCAAUAAGAUGUUGUCGUGUGCUGGAGCUGAUAGGCUUCAGACUGGAAUGCGUGGUGCUUUUGGUAAGCCACAGGGUACCGUUGCUCGUGUCCGUAUCGGCCAACCCAUAAUGUCGGUGCGGUCAAGUGAUCGAUACAAGGCUCAAGUUAUUGAGGCUCUCCGUCGUGCUAAGUUUAAGUUCCCUGGACGUCAGAAGAUAUACGUUUCAAAGAGAUGGGGAUUCACCAAAUAUGACCGUGACCGUUAUGAAGAGCUCCGUGAUGAUAAUCGCCUUGAACACGACGGUUGCAAUGUCAAAUAUCGUCCGGAACAUGGCCCUAUCGCUGCGUGGGAGAAAGCACAGCGUGACGUUUAUGCUUAAAUAAGUGUAAAACAAAAGAUUAAAUAAAUGUUGAUGGCAUCAAUGUUUUGAUUACAAAUUUUUUUA